AGGAGAUAAGUAAAAUAUUUUGCAGCUAAACUGUUGUUCCGGUGAUAUUUUGCAUUUGAAAGAAUCAAUGACACCUUUGCAAACUAUUUACGUGUUGUGUACUAUCCUGUACACAUCAUGUUAUAUUCAAUGCUAUGACGAACCGCAAAAUUGGAAUGAACCGACUUAUUAUAUUCAACACGUUCAAACUGGUUGGUAUAUAAGCGAUAACGGUGGAUUGGUUACCUCCCAAAAUCAAGCGGCAAGAUUCCGAUUUGAGCAUAACGGCAGAUUGAGCGGCGUUCAAUUCAUCAAUUACAAGACGGGAAACGCCCUUGAUAUUCGAGGUGGAUGCCACGGAAACAGAAUAUCGAUGUACCGUCCGAACUCCAAUGCAAGAAAUCAGAGAUUUAUCUUAUCGGCCGAUGGUACCAUUGGUACCGGGUGCGAUAGCGACAGAGUCCUCGCCCUUACCAAUAAUCAAGACGAACUUAUCGUUCUUAAAAAGGGAGUUAGAAGAUUCGAAGAAACUUUAUUCAGAAGACCGUUUGCAGGAUAUCUGAAUUCCUAGUUCGUUAUGUAAAAUAUAAACGUGUUAAUAAAUGAUUGUCAGAAUA